UGGAUGGAAUUUAGGAAAAUGGGAAUUCAGACACAUCCGCCAUUGGGUCCCACUCUUACAGCUCACAUGCUUUUCCAGCAUGUGGUACAGUGACCCCACACUCUCCAAAUCCACCCAAUACCUUACCGACACUCUCCCAAAUCUAGAUCUCCACCGUCCGACGCCAUCAUCGACCUGCCAUUAAUCACUCCCCUUUAUAACUGCUCCCUCUCAAGAUCUCUGUGUUCUUUGCAGAACGUUAAAGAUUCAAUCUUUAUUAUUAUUAUUUUUGGUUUUGCAUUCUUGAUUGUUCUGCGUGGUGGUCAGCAAUGGUGGAGGCGCAGACAUGGACUACCCGGAGGAUGAGUAAUCCGAGGUUGGAGUCGAAUGAGCAGGUUUUGGACAUGCCCAUCACUCCCACUGCUGAGGUGAGGCAGCAGCAGUACGGGAACGGCUUCGGGUUCGGUCUGGGGACCUUAAUCUCCCCGAACAUUCUCACCGCCGUCAUCAUUGCUUCCUGGUACUGCUCCAACAUCGGUGUGCUGUUGCUCAACAAGUAUCUCCUCAGCUUCUACGGCUACCGGUACCCGAUUUUCUUGACUAUGUUGCAUAUGUUGUCCUGCGCCGCCUACAGUGUGGUCGCCAUAAAGUGGCUAGAAGUGGUGCCUUUCCAGCAUAUCCUUAGCCGGAAACAGUUCUUCAAGAUUCUUGCUUUGAGUGCCAUUUUUUGUUUCUCCGUUGUUUGUGGGAAUACUUCUUUGAGGUACCUCCCGGUGUCAUUCAACCAAGCAAUCGGCGCCACCACGCCGUUUUUCACUGCGAUUUUCGCUUUUGUGAUUACUUGCAAGAAGGAGUCUGCGGAGGUUUAUUUGGCUCUGGUCCCAGUGGUUUUAGGCAUUGUUUUGGCUAGCAAUAGUGAGCCCUUAUUUCAUCUCUUUGGGUUCUUGAUGUGCAUCGGCUCCACUGCUGGGAGGGCCUUGAAAUCUGUGGUUCAGGGUUUGUUGCUGACUUCUGAGGCAGAGAAAUUGCACUCCAUGAACCUUUUACUCUACAUGGCUCCAAUGGCAGCUCUCAUUUUGCUGCCCUUUACACUCUACAUUGAGGGCAAUGUUUUGGGGGUGACAGUGGAGAAGGCGAAGGGAGAUGGGUUCAUGGUUUUCUUGUUAAUUGGGAACGCAACCGUGGCGUAUUUAGUUAACUUGACAAAUUUCUUGGUCACAAAACACACAAGUGCCUUAACACUGCAGGUUUUGGGCAAUGCCAAGGCUGCAGUGGCUGCAGUGGUGUCCGUUUUGAUCUUCAGGAACCCGGUGACAGUGAUGGGGAUAACCGGAUUCGCGGUCACAAUUAUGGGCGUCGUGCUUUACAGUGAGGCAAAGAAGAGAUCCAAAGCCACAGCUCAUUGAUAAUGCAUCUGGUCAGGCUCUUUUGCUUUAAUCUUUUUGCAUUCCUUUAGAAUUUAUUCUGGAAUCAAAGGCAUAUAUAGUGAUUGAAUGAUUAUCCCAUUGUAAAUGAAAGAUGGGGUAUGGUGGGAGAAAAGAAAAAGGUUUCAUGGGGGGUUUGCUUUUUUCUACAUACAUAACUGUUCUUGAUUAUUGGGGAUUGUUUAGGAGAAUAAAGCUGUCUCUUUUACUUUCCCCUCUCUGUAAUUCUAUAUACUCCUUUGAUUGAUGCUGCAAUUAGAACAAUGGAAGACUGAUACUUCGAUAUUAUUAUAUUUUGAAGCAAUUUU